GGCUGUCAGCUGCCGGGAAACCUCGCAGAAGAAGAAGACGGAGCCAAUAGCAGCGCAGCAGGAAGUGACGUCUAGCUGGUCAGUCCACAGUCACCUGUCCGGGGUCUGCAAACGUAUUCAUGACUGCGCAGGUGUUGGUGUUGUACUUCGCGAAGAGCGUGGAGCUGACCGGAGUGAGGCAGGAGGAGAUUGUUGCCGUGCCGACACCAAUCAGCAGCUGGGACCUUUGGAGGCUGCUGCUGCAGCGACACCCCAGACUGUCCAUCCUGCAGGAUCAGGUGGUGCUGGCAGUGCGUCAGCAGUACGUUGCUAUCGGUGACCAGGUGGUGACCCUGGGAGACGGGGACGAGGUUGCUGUGGUGCCACCACUCAGCGGAGGGUAAAACACAAGAG